UCUUCUUUACAUGUUUUCUAUUCUGUGCUUUUUUUUCAACUUAAUUUCUCCACGUUUUUCGUUUGUUACGCUCAUUUUUGUGAGCUUGUUUUUCAUUCUGGAUAUUUAAACAAGAGAAAAUCAACAACUAAAAGGAUGUGACAUUGUAGAAGGACCAUCGACAAAGCCAAGAAAAAAAAAAAAAACAGAGAAACAAGCGAGAAAGUUUCGCACGAUUCUCAGCAGACACAACAAGCGGCCAGUCUCUUUUUUUUGCUAAACUGUGGCUGACCUCGUGGUCCAUCAAACUCUUUCGAGCUAUUCCAGUUGCCUUUUCAAUUGCUUCUAUGCCUAUGGAAAAUUUGUGCCACGGCAGGUCGAGCCCCCUCCUCCGGUUGACAUAGAUACUUACCUGCCAGGUAGACGGGGGCACGUCUAAAAGCUGAGAACAAAGACCAGAAGCAAAAAAAAAAAAGGAACGCCAAGGCAAUGGCUGACAUUUGCGAAGUGGAUAUGCACAUCAGCAAGCGCUACGAUGUCAAAAAGCGGCUCGGCAAAGGCGCUUACGGAAUCGUCUGGAAAGCCGUCGACAAGAAGACGGGCAGCGUCGUGGCCGUCAAGAAAAUUUUCGAUGCCUUCCGAAAUCAGACGGACGCCCAACGGACUUUCCGUGAAAUCAUGUUCCUGCAACACUUUGGCGAUCACCCCAACAUUAUCCGUCUGCUGGACGUCCAUCGAGCCGAUAACGACAAAGACAUCUACCUCGUUUUCGAAUAUAUGGACACGGACUUGCACAAUGUCAUCAAACGUGGAAACAUCCUCAAAGAAGUGCAUAAGCAAUACAUUUUGUAUCAGUUGUUUCGGGCCACCAAGUACCUGCAUUCUGGCAACGUGAUUCAUCGUGAUCAAAAGCCUUCGAAUAUCCUGUUGGACGCAGACUGUCGAUGUAAGAUAGCCGAUUUCGGACUGGCCCGUUCUCUGGUCCAGGACUGUGAAGAAGGCCAGGCGGAUAACGUGAUGACCGACUACGUGGCAACCAGAUGGUAUCGGGCGCCAGAGAUCCUGCUGGCUUCCAAACGGUACACGAAAGGUGUGGACAUGUGGAGUUUGGGGUGCAUAUUAGGCGAAAUACUCCUCGGCCAGCCACUCUUUCCCGGCACUUCUACGCUCAAUCAAUUGGAGAAGAUCAUGGCCUCGAUUCCUCCACCAUCCAAAGAAGAUAUACAAUCGCUUAGCUCUGGCUAUGCGUCUACCCUGCUGGAGAAAUCCAUGAUGGUACCCAAACAACCACUUCGAACCAUUUUGGCUGCUGCUCCUGUGGAUGCCAUCGAUCUCCUGGAAAAGCUGCUAGUCCUCAAUCCGCACAAACGUUUAACGGCCGAACAAGCGCUUGAACAUCCGUACGUCCGGGCAUUCCACAAACCUGAAAGAGAGCCAGCCCUGGAUCACGACGUCGUGCCAACAUUAAGCGAUGCCAUUCAGCUAACUGUGGACGAAUAUCGAACUAAACUUUACGAAGUAAUUGCCUAUCAAAAGCGGCAGGAAAUCCGCGAGCUAUCGCCCUUUAAAUUCAUCCGGGAUUCCAACACGGAUUCAUCUUCACCCAAGAACUCACCGAAAGAAACGAGUAAAACGAUUCCGAAAACAAAAUCCAGCGUAGAUUUGUCAUCAGAGGCUCGUGUUCAACAAUCGAAGAUAAAGUACAGUAGCAUUCCGGCCGAUUCGUCCGGUGGUUCGUUAGGAAACAACCGAUCGGUUGAUUUGCCUCGUCCUCCAGAUCGCAAGUUGGUGAGCAGACAUUCGGAUGAUGUGAUGCGGAAUAGGGAAAAAUCUUCGAAAGUGUUGAGCUCCAAUAAAUUAUCUUCGCCAUCCGCCGCAAUUCCCCGAUCGCAUUCUGGUCAUUGCUUAGUCAAGUACCAUCUGUCCAACUCAUCAACUGACUCGGAUCACAGCAAAGGUUCACCGUUAACGACGAGUUGUUCAGCCAGCCAUUUGCUUGCUUCCAGCAUGGAACAGAAUUGCAAUAUUAGCAAUACGAGUUGUCGGGCAACUGUCAGCAACGCACAACCUCCACUUCGUUCGGCCGGGGUUCCAGCCUCGUCGCAAACCAGCACAACAGCGUCGAGAUUUGCUGGCCGCUAUGGGAAAAACCUAUUCAGCCGAAGUUUAGACAAUCCUGUCAUUACACGGACGGUGACUAUCCCACGGGCAACUUCGGCGGAAAAGGCGCUUGGCAGCACAACGACGGGCGUCGUCCGUGACAAUAAAAUCCCUCGGCCCGCACCGACGUUUGGCAAGAGGCAAUUCACUUCGUUGAACAACGUCUCUAACUUGACGACUAGUGCUGGAGCAACAAACGUAGGCGGAAUUACGGGAACGAGCAAGUUCGUGUCGUCGCACGGCACCAUCACGGCAUCGGCUUUGCAAGAACUGCGUCAAAGUAUCAAAUGAUAACAGGAUUUGAAUCAUUUGGCCUCUCCUUUUCAAGAGAAAAAAAAAAGCAAUUUCUAAUGGGUGAUAUCUCUUUCCCUACAUACAGCUAUUUUUUUUUUGUCGUCACUUUUUCGACACUUGCCAUACGAACAAAAUAACUUUUCUUUGAUACGAGACUCUAGUCUACACUUUCCAGAUACCCCACCCGAUUUUUUUCUUCUUUUAUUUUCUAGAAAUAUCUUAUUUUGGUAUGACCAGGUAUCUCAGGUUCCCUUUAAUAUUUUGCCAAUGGGGAAGACGAAUCGAGCAGAUUUCAGCAUUUCUCAUUGUUAAUUCUUGUCAAGAUGGCGCGAAUUGUAUGAUAAAAUAUUAAGGGAUAUGAUUUAGUCGUAAACUAGAUAGCAAUUCCUCACGCGACGGUCGUGUUUGGUCGAUGAUUCAAUCGACUGAUGUAUUUGGAUAAAAACGACAACCAUUUCACAUUUUUUUUUGUAUGUGUCUAUGUCUAGUUCCUUUUCCCCUAUAUCCACCUUCAAAUUGUACUCCCCUCGUUAUCAACUGCGGAAGUGAUGUGUUUCCAUUUCAGGAAAUAUCCGAACCUUCCGCAUUCGGAAUUACCACGCCCAUCAGAUACGACAUAGGGUGGAGUAGACGCUCAUUCACCCUAUGCUAACAUUGUUCCUGUUGUGUAUCUUGGAAAAACAAAAACAAUGCGAUUUCAAUCACUGGCUGAACGAAAUUUUUCGAAUCGAUUACUAAAACAUUUGCAAAUAUUAAACUUUGUAGCUUCAAUCGUGUAUUGUAUACCAACCCACGAUGGACGUAUUUUUCGAGAGUAACAUUGAGAGAGUCGAGCCAUAAUAUAAUAUCAAAAUGA